AUGCCAACUCAUUGCUGCAUCCCUCAAUGCACCCAAAGAGGGCCAAAAGAUAAAAAACAACAAAAGUCCCAGGUUUCCUACUUUGGGUUUCCAAGAAGCAAGGACCUCCACAAGAAGUGGAUUGUUGCCAUCAAAAGAGACGAAGGGAAGCAUUUCAAGGUUACCCAGUCCACUAAAGUGUGCUCAAAGCACUUCAAGGAAGAACAGUACCUGCCUGGUUAUGUGAAUGGCCGAAGGUUUCUAAAGGAAGGUGUUGUUCCAUCCGUAUUUAGGUUUUCGGUCCCUAAAGUGCCUAGAAGGACACUCCACAGAAACGCCACUGCACCACUGAGCAGUCCAGUGAAUGUGGCAGCUGCAGUUGGAGAUGAAGCAGGCACACCAAGCUGCGAGGACCAGCUCCCACCAGACCCAAAUGCAUCCCUGCUACCUCAAGAGGAAGUAGCCGAACAAGCUGCCCUGGUUAGACGGCUUACAUCUGACCUUGAGAAGUCUCAGGAAGAGCUCAGUAAAGCUCAAAAAGAAGUUCUGAAACUCAAGAGGCACAUAGAACUUCUAGAAGAAGAGAACAAAAAACUAAAACAGAAAGUAAGCCGCAAGUUUUCCAUCGAGUGCUUUAAGGCUGCGGGAUUAGGGCAUUACGUCUAA